AUGGCGAGAAUCAAGGUGUAUGAGUUGAGGAACAAAACUAAAGCAGAACUUCUGAACCAGUUGAAGGAUCUCAAAGCAGAACUCGCUCUCCUCCGCGUCGCUAAGGUCACAGGCGGAGCCCCAAACAAGCUUUCCAAAAUCAAAGUGGUUCGGCUUUCCAUUGCGCAGGUGCUGACGGUGAUUUCCCAGAAGCAAAAAGCAGCGUUGAGGGAGGCUUACAAGAAGAAGAAGUACCUUCCUUUGGAUCUGCGUCCCAAAAAGACCAGGGCUAUCAGAAGGCGCUUAACAAAACAUCAGGCUUCAUUGAAGACAGAGCGUGAGAAGAAGAAGGAAUUGUAUUUUCCAAUGAGAAAGUAUGCAAUUAAGGUGUAA